GAAAAGAAUGUAUCGGUUGAUGAUACAAUUUCUUUCAUAAUUCAGAUUGUUAUCGAUUGGGUGGGAGAGUGGAGACGAUCACAUAAGUCUAAUCUUCAAGACAUUAUGAACAGUGGUAUCAAGAAGACACAAGAUUAUAAAAUGCAAAGUGUAAAUUCAUUCAAUCCAUAAUUUACAAAACAAUUAAAAUAUGUAUGUAUAUAUCAUGAAAAAUAAAAUUAUUUUCAUCAUCAUUGAUAAUAGUAAAUAUUUUCAAAAAAAAACGAAAUUUCACCGAGAACAAUAACACAAUGAUCAUUGACUUACGUCGAUUAGGUGUCAGUCUAUUGUGUAUCACAGUCAGUUUGAGUAUUACAUCACUUAUUACUGGUUUCUGGGAUUGUGGAAAUCUAUUUUCAGCAUGUCAACAAACUACUUUCAGGGAAACUGUAUCAGCUGUUGCGGGAUUAAUCAUUUUAGGCACUGUCUGCCUAUUAAUCAUCAUUCUGCUGGAUGUCGUUGCAUUGUGUUCAAAUGUAUUUGCAUCACGUGCUGCUUACACAACUGUACGUUUCAUUAUUUUAUAUUUGGGUGCUGCAGCUCUAUUGAUCGGCAUCUUAAUGUACACAGCACUUGUUGGACAUCAAUGGUCAUAUUUCUUUACAGUCACUGGAACUGCAUUAGCUACACAAGUAGCUAUAUUAGCAAUUAUGUCGUCAAAAUGUGUCACUGUUCGAAGUACUACAACAACCAGAACAAUUAGAGAAACUCGAUUGGCACAUCGGUAAACCAUUGAAUGACCAAUUCGAUUAUUUCUGUAAUGAUGAUUUUUCACAUUUCUCUUGUGAUCGAUCAAUUUCGCUUCAGUUAAUAACGCAUCUUGUAGAUUUGACAGUAUUCAAUGUACCUGUUUUGUGGUUAAAUGUUCAAAUGAUUGUUUCACUUUCAUGUUUUUCGAAUAUAAAUAUCAUAUUUAUAUAUAAAAA